CGAUUGAUCCUGAAGUCCAUGUGGAUGGAAAACUAGAAGUGAUCAGUAUAAAGGGCUGGGGUGGUAUGCCUACUAGAGGAAAACUAGAGCCCCUUGAUCUUCCGGUUCCCAGGGUAAUAAUCUCCGAGACUCCACCCGAGAUAUGUGAAACAAAGGAGUCCUGCUCCUAUUGGACUCGAGUUACCCAGAGCAGGCACAUGGACACCUACAACUGGGGUCAAGUGGGAUAUAAUUUCCUUGUGGGCGGGGAUGGACGUAUUUACGAGGGGCGUGGCUGGAACUACGUGGGCGCUCAUACCAGGGACAAUAAUAACAACAGCAUCGGUAUUAGCUUUUUGGGCCAAUUUCGAAGAGAGGAGCCAACGAAAAAGUCAUUGGAGGCAUGUCAGUUGCUCAUCGACCAAGGUCUUCGCCUCAAGAAACUAAAGCCAGAUUACCAACUGCUGGGACAUCGACAAAUAACCGGCACAUUGAUGCCCGGCGAGGAGCUCUACAGAAUCAUUCAGACCUGGGACCAUUGGUACAAUCUGACGAAAACUUGGCCCGACCUGCAUAUGAUUCAAUAGUUAUAAUUAAUAAAAUUAUGAACGAAUAAAGGUGUUAAACAAAUAUUUAUAGAUUUUUAAUCCUAAGAUUGUUAAUUGCUUGUGUAUAU